CUCUCUCUCUCUCUAAAUUCUUCAGAGCUAAGCAAUUGAAAAACAAAUGGAUAGCAAAAAAGCAGUGUUGAAGAGCAACUCAAUAUUUGGUGCAACAAAAAUGAAGAAAAGUGAAUCAGUACUGGCUUUGGAGGAGCUGUUUGCAUCUCAUGAAGAGAUUAACCAUCAAAACAAACCUCACAUUUUGGGAAGCUCUGAUCAACAUGCUUUUCUCCCCACAGACAAUGUGCAUUUUCCUUUCAAAAAUUCGGAGAUUCCACAAGAAUAUUCAAGCAUUACCUCCUUCACAGAUAAUUACCAAUUCUCAGCUUCUCCAAAUCUUAAUCCUAAUCCAACCACCGCCAUGGACUCGCCAUUAUCCAUAUGCGUUGACAGUCAACGAUCGGACGAAGAAGAAUACAUCGAACAAUACACCAACAAACCCUCCGACGACACCAAGCGCAUCAAAAGGAUGGUUUCAAACAGGGAGUCUGCUCGUAGAUCAAGGCGACGAAAGCAGGCGCAUUUGAGUGAUCUUGAAGAGCAAGUUGAGCAGUUGAGUGGUGAGAAUGCAUCGCUCUUCCAACAGAUGGGCGAUGCAUCUAACCAGUUCAAAGAAGCCGCUACUAAUAAUCGGCUCCUUAAAUCCGAUGUCGGAGCUCUCAGAGCCAAGGUGAAAUUAGCUGAGGAUCUGUUGGCACGUGGCUCUUUGACGUCGAGUUUGAGCCAUCUUCUUCACAACUAUCUCAACACACCACGGGAUGACUAUAUAUGAUCUCUAUCUGUGUGUGGCGCUUGUUGGUUUAUAUCUAUCUAUCUAUCUAUAUACUAAAUCCUAAUUAAGAUAUGUGUGUGUGUGUGUGUUUGUUGCAUGUAUUGUUAGAUUGCUAAUUUGUUGGUGACUGAGAUGUGUUAAUUUGUGUGAAUUCAUGAUGAUGUAUGCAUGUUAUGUUAAAAUCUCUUAAA